AUGGAAAAAGGCGUAACACCAAGCAGGAAAGUGGGGUUGUUUGCAUAUGAAAGUGAAGCUUUACAAAGCGCUUCUGAUGACAUUGAUGAUAUUAUUGAAAAAAUUAUUGAUUGUAAAGGCAAGGAUGAAAUGGUGUUAGAUUACGCCGACCUCUUCAAAAAAUGCUGGUCUUCUGAACCCGAUCAACGUCCAACAUUAACCGAAAUUUUGUCUGAACUCGGAAGAUUAUCAAAAGAAAAAACUGUAGAAUUCAUUACAAAUGUUAUUCAUUGGGUUUGA